ACCGAGCGCCCGUCCUGGGCUGCGGGAAGCCGCCUCGUUCUCAGCCGCCGGAGACGCCGCCGCCGCCGCCACACCUAGUGGAGGAGCCGGGGAAGGCGGCUCGUUGGGGGCUGGGGCGGAGAGCGCCGGGGGUAGGGGCGGAAGGGCGGCGGGCGGAAGGCAGGAGGCUGCCGGGGCGCGAGCUGCUGCGGGGAAGGGGCUCCGAGGCGUCCGUCUCGGUUCGCUCUGUCGCCGGCGCGGGAUUGGGGCGCAAGGGCCAUGGGCGCGCUCUCCUAAGGCGGAGGUCCCUGGCGGGAGGGGAGGAGGCCCGUGAGAGGCUGCUGCGGAGGCCGCGGGCCGGUGACUGGGCGCCAGGCGGCCGGCGGCGGCGGCGGCACCACCAUGUCGCGCUCAGUGCUGCAGCCCAGUCAGCAGAAGCUGGCGGAGAAGCUCACCAUCCUCAACGACCGGGGCGUCGGCAUGCUCACCCGCCUCUACAACAUUAAGAAGCAAGGACAAGUUUGGAAGGCAUGUGGAGACCCCAAGGCAAAACCAUCCUACCUUAUCGACAAAAACCUGGAAUCUGCUGUGAAAUUCAUAGUCAGAAAAUUCCCUGCUGUAGAAACCCGCAACAACAAUCAACAGCUUGCACAACUACAGAAAGAAAAAUCAGAGAUUCUGAAAAAUCUGGCAUUAUAUUACUUCACAUUUGUAGAUGUUAUGGAAUUUAAGGACCAUGUUUGUGAAUUGUUGAAUACUAUUGAUGUUUGCCAAGUCUUCUUUGAUAUUACUGUAAACUUUGAUUUAACAAAGAACUACUUAGAUUUAAUUAUAACCUAUACAACACUAAUGAUACUGCUGUCUCGAAUUGAAGAAAGGAAGGCAAUCAUUGGACUAUACAACUAUGCCCAUGAAAUGACUCAUGGAGCAAGUGACCGAGAAUACCCACGCCUUGGCCAGAUGAUUGUGGAUUAUGAAAACCCUUUAAAGAAGAUGAUGGAAGAAUUUGUACCCCAUAGCAAGUCUCUUUCAGAUGCACUAAUUUCUCUUCAAAUGGUAUAUCCUCGAAGAAAUCUUUCAGCUGACCAGUGGAGAAAUGCCCAGUUACUGAGCCUCAUCAGUGCACCUAGUACAAUGCUCAAUCCUGCGCAGUCUGACACUAUGCCUUGUGAAUAUCUCUCUUUGGAUGCAAUGGAAAAAUGGAUUAUCUUUGGCUUUAUUUUGUGCCAUGGGAUCCUAAAUACUGAUGCUACAGCAUUGAACCUUUGGAAGCUAGCUCUUCAAAGUAGCUCUUGCCUCUCUCUCUUUCGGGACGAAGUUUUCCACAUUCACAAAGCUGCAGAAGACUUAUUUGUAAACAUACGAGGCUAUAAUAAACGUAUUAACGACAUAAGAGAAUGCAAGGAGGCAGCUGUGUCACAUGCACUUGCAGAAGUGCACGCACUUUUUGUUUUUAUGGCAUUAUCCUUUGCCCGUGAUGAAAUUAUCUGGCUACUUCGUCAUGCAGAUAACAUGCCAAAGAAGAGUGCAGACGACUUUAUAGAUAAGCACAUUGCUGAAUUAAUAUUUUACAUGGAAGAGCUUAGAGCACAUGUGAGAAAAUAUGGACCUGUUAUGCAAAGAUAUUAUGUGCAGUACCUUUCUGGCUUUGAUGCUGUUGUCCUCAAUGAACUUGUGCAGAAUCUUUCUGUUUGCCCUGAAGAUGAAUCAAUCAUCAUGUCCUCUUUUGUUAACACUAUGACUUCCCUAAGUGUAAAACAAGUUGAAGAUGGGGAAGUAUUUGAUUUCAGAGGAAUGAGAUUAGAUUGGUUUAGGUUACAGGCAUAUACUAGUGUCUCUAAGGCUUCACUUGGCCUUGCAGAUCACAGAGAACUUGGAAAGAUGAUGAAUACAAUAAUUUUUCAUACAAAAAUGGUAGAUUCCUUGGUGGAAAUGUUGGUGGAAACAUCAGAUCUCUCCAUAUUUUGUUUUUAUAGUCGUGCUUUUGAGAAGAUGUUUCAGCAGUGUUUGGAGUUACCUUCUCAGUCAAGAUACUCAAUUGCAUUUCCACUACUUUGCACUCAUUUUAUGAGUUGCACGCAUGAACUGUGUCCAGAAGAGCGACAUCAUAUUGGAGAUCGCAGCCUUUCCUUAUGUAAUAUGUUCCUAGAUGAAAUGGCCAAACAAGCUCGAAAUCUCAUCACUGAUAUUUGCACAGAGCAGUGUACUCUUAGCGAUCAGUUGCUGCCCAAGCAUUGUGCCAAAACUAUCAGUCAAGCAGUGAAUAAGAAAUCAAAAAAACAGACUGGUAAGAAAGGGGAACCUGAAAGGGAGAAACCAGGUGUUGAGAGCAUGAGGAAAAACAGGCUGGUUGUGACCAACCUUGAUAAAUUGCACACUGCACUUUCUGAGUUAUGCUUCUCUAUAAAUUAUGUACCAAACAUGGUGGUAUGGGAACAUACCUUUACUCCACGAGAAUAUUUGACUUCUCAUUUGGAAAUACGCUUUACCAAGUCAAUUGUUGGGAUGACUAUGUAUAAUCAAGCCACACAGGAAAUUGCAAAACCUUCAGAACUUCUAACAAGUGUAAGAGCAUACAUGACUGUACUCCAGUCAAUAGAAAACUAUGUGCAGAUUGACAUUACGAGAGUAUUUAAUAAUGUUCUUCUUCAACAAACACAACAUUUAGACAGUCAUGGAGAGCCAACCAUUACAAGUCUAUACACAAAUUGGUAUUUGGAAACUUUGUUACGACAAGUCAGCAAUGGCCAUAUAGCAUAUUUUCCUGCAAUGAAAGCAUUUGUGAACUUACCUACAGAAAAUGAAUUAACGUUCAAUGCGGAGGAGUAUUCUGACAUAUCAGAAAUGAGGUCAUUAUCAGAACUACUAGGCCCAUAUGGUAUGAAGUUCCUAAGUGAAAGCCUUAUGUGGCAUAUUUCAUCACAAGUUGCUGAACUUAAGAAACUUGUGGUGGAGAAUGUUGAUGUGCUAACACAGAUGAGGACCAGCUUUGACAAACCAGACCAGAUGGCUGCACUCUUUAAAAGAUUAUCAUCUGUUGACAGUGUCUUGAAGAGGAUGACAAUAAUCGGUGUAAUUUUAUCCUUCCGAUCAUUGGCACAAGAAGCACUUAGAGAUGUCUUGUCCUACCACAUUCCUUUUCUUGUAAGCUCAAUUGAAGAUUUUAAGGAUCACAUUCCAAGAGAAACUGAUAUGAAGGUUGCAAUGAAUGUGUAUGAGUUAUCGUCAGCUGCUGGAUUACCUUGUGAGAUUGAUCCUGCAUUGGUAGUAGCUCUUUCUUCACAAAAAUCAGAAAACAUUAGUCCAGAAGAAGAGUAUAAAAUUGCCUGCCUUCUCAUGGUGUUUGUGGCAGUUUCUUUGCCAACACUGGCCAGUAAUGUAAUGUCUCAGUACAGCCCUGCUAUAGAAGGACAUUGCAACAACAUUCAUUGCUUGGCCAAAGCCAUCAACCAGAUUGCUGCAGCUUUGUUUACAAUUCACAAAGGAAGCAUUGAAGACCGUCUUAAAGAAUUUCUGGCGCUUGCAUCCUCCAGUCUACUGAAAAUUGGCCAGGAGACAGAUAAAACUACAACAAGAAAUAGAGAGUCAGUGUAUUUACUGCUAGAUAUGAUUGUACAAGAAUCCCCGUUCCUUACAAUGGAUCUUUUGGAGUCUUGUUUUCCUUAUGUCUUGCUGAGAAAUGCAUACCAUGCUGUCUACAAACAAAGUGUUACAUCUUCUGCAUAAAAUAUCUACUUAUUCAAGACAAGCACGCAUUUUUGUUGCCUUGGUUUUACCUGUAGACUGUGGAACUAUUUUACCUUAAGGCCUGAAAAAGUUUGUGGAUUAUAAAUUUCUUUCAUACGGUUGUAUUUUCUGAUCAUUGGUUUCUUAAUAUGGUUGUACUACAGUAUAUACUUGGUUGAUUUAGGUUGCACAUUCACUGAAUUCACUGAGAUUAUUCCUAUAAUUUUAGAGUAUCAUUUAUUUGAAAAACAUACAUUAUCUACAUGUUUUUGAUAUUUGAUAAUGAAAAAAAAUCUUUGCUUGUUUAUUUCUGAAAAAAUUGUAUUUAGUGAUUAUUUUAGAUAGUGAUAUUAUAGCAUUCAUCUGUGUAUAAAUUAUUUCAUAUAGGGAAGAGUUCUGAUCUGUACCUAUGGUUCUUAUUGAAAACAAAAUUGGAUGUGCAUUUCUGUGAUGUUAUGAAUACAUUUCUACUUUAUUUUGAAACAUUUGCCAAACUAAAUACUAUAACACUGUAUAACAUUUAAAAAUGUUAAAGGACUGCUUAGAAUUAGAAGCAGAUCAUUUCCCGAAAUUCUAAAAACAGCAGCAUAUGUUGUUGCUUGUAUAAAGCCUAGCGAUAAUUUUUAGACUAACUUCCAUGGUGCCCUGUUGGCAUUAGCACUACCAUUGUACCCUGCUGUAUAAUAAACAAUCUUAGACAUUUAUCAACUGUUGAUACAAAUGUUAGUCCCUAACCACUUUUUAUAUAUGUUUUAAAUUUUUGAAAUUCAAGUGUACCUGCCAUAACAUAAAAUAAACACUAGACUGUAUCACA